AUCAGAAAUAGAAACAUAUUAAAAAAAUAAUAAAACUUCAACAUGUCAGGAAAAAAAACAGAAAGGAGGAUAUGAACUAUUAGGACUCAUAUUUCUGAAGCUGAAAUAAUGAACUAGAUUCAGUUAUUGAAUUUUGACUCUCAGAAGGUUCACACCUGACAAAUGUCCACCCCAACUGAUCCGUCAGUCGGAAUGUCCCACCCUGGUCCUUCCCCUGGCGCUGGCCUUUCCCCUGGGCCCAUUUUAGGCCCCAGUCCCGGACCAGGCCCCUCUCCAGGCUCUGUCCACAGCAUGAUGGGCCCGAGCCCAGGACCUCCCAACGUACCUCAUGGCAUGCAGGGCCAGGGGUCAGGAGACUAUCCUCAGGAGGGCAUGCAUCCCAUGCACAAACCCAUGGAAGGAAUGCAUGACAAGGGCAUGGGAGACGAAAUGCACUAUGGGCAGAUCAAAGGUGUUGGCAUGAGAUCCCUCCACAGUGGCAUGGGCCCACCACAGAGUCCAAUGGAUCAGCACAGCCAAGGAUACAUGUCACCUCACCCUUCCCCAAUGGGCUCUGUACCUGAGCACGUAUCAAGCCCCAUGUCUGGAGGGGGUCCUACCCCACCUCAGAUGUCCCAGGCUCAGUCAGGCCCCAUGAUGCAGAUGGACCAGCAGGGCCGUGGCCACACGGCCUUCAGCCCUGUUCAACUGCAGCAGCUCCGUGCUCAGAUACUUGCUUACAAGAUCCUGGGCCGUGGACAGCCUCUGCCUGAGAACCUGCAACUGGCUGUACAGGGCAAGAGGAGCCUUCCCACAAUGCAGCAGCAGCAGCAGCAGCAGCCUGUCAACACUGGACCUUACAACAGGCCUCCAGCUAUGUCUGUGCCCCAUGGAAGCCCUGCGUCUGGCUCAUGUUCCACUCCAGGCAUGCAGACACACACUCCAAGCACUGGGCCAAAACCAUGGACAGAAGGUCAAGGUGCUGAGGCCCCUAGCGGCUCCCAGAAGCUCCCUGUGCCAGCCCCUAGUGGCAGGCCCUCUCCCGCUCCUCCUCAGGCUCCUACAGCUGCUCAGGCCAUGCCCAGCACAUCUCUCACACCACAGUCCCAAUCACAACCCCAAACCCAGCAGCCCCAGCAGCAACAGGGCCCUGGGCAGACCUCACUCAUUAUCCAGCUCCAGCAGAAGCAGAACCGCAUCACACCCAUCCAGAAACCACAGGGCCUGGACCCAGGGGAGCUUCUGCAGGAACGAGAGUACAGGUUGCAGGCCAGGAUUGCUCAUAGAAUUCAAGAGCUGGAGAAUCUCCCUGGUUCUUUGCCUCCUGACCUGAGAACUAAAGCAACAGUCGAGCUGAAGGCCUUAAGACUUCUCAAUUUUCAACGGCAGCUGCGGCAGGACGUUGUGGCCUGCAUGCGCAGAGAUACCACUUUGGAGACAGCGCUGAAUUCCAAGGCCUACAAGCGCAGUAAGAGGCAAACACUGAGAGAGGCGCGUAUGACAGAGAAGCUGGAAAAACAGCAGAAAAUUGAACAGGAGAGAAAGCGGCGUCAGAAACAUCAGGAAUACCUUAACAGCAUCCUCCAGCAUGCUAAAGACUUCAAGGAGUAUCACCGCUCGAUCUCUGGAAAGAUCCAGAAGUUGUCCAAGGCUGUGGCCACAUGGCAUACCAACACAGAGAGAGAGCAGAAGAAGGAGACAGAAAGAAUCGAGAAAGAGAGGAUGAGAAGGCUAAUGGCAGAGGAUGAAGAGGGCUACAGGAAGCUGAUUGACCAGAAGAAGGACAAACGUCUAGCCUACCUGCUCCAGCAGACUGAUGAGUAUGUGGCCAACCUCACUACCUUGGUCUAUGAACACAAGGCUGCCCAGGCUGCCAAGGAAAAAAAGAAGAGAAAGAAGAAGAAGAAGAAGGAAGAUGGGGAUACUGAGGCACUUGGAGCAAUUGGACCUGAUGGGGAGCCCAUUGAUGAGAGCAGUCAGAUGAGUGAACUCCCAGUCAAAGUCAUUCAGACUGAGACAGGGAAGGUACUACAGGGCACAGAUGCUCCCAAGUCUAGCCAACUGGAGGCCUGGCUUGAGAUGAAUCCUGGCUAUGAAGUGGCCCCGAGGUCAGACAGUGAAGAGAGUGGUUCAGAGUUUGAAGAGGAGGAUGAAGAGGAAGUGGUCUCCCGGGCAGAAUCGGAAGAAAAGAAAAUGAUUGAUCCCAAUAGUGAUGAGGUGUCUGAAAGAGCAGCAAAGCACAUCAUAGAGUCUGCCAAGCAAGAUGUGGAUGAUGAGUACAGUGUCCAGGCAGGACAGACCAGUUCACAGUCUUACUACGGAGUAGCCCAUGCUGUUAUUGAGAAGGUGGAGAAGCAGUCAUCCUUACUGGUCAAUGGCACACUCAAGCAAUACCAGAUCCAGGGGCUGGAGUGGAUGGUGUCCCUGUACAACAAUAACCUAAAUGGCAUUCUGGCGGAUGAGAUGGGGCUGGGGAAGACCAUCCAAACCAUUGCCCUCAUCACAUACCUAAUGGAACACAAGAGACUUAAUGGUCCUUAUCUGAUCAUCGUGCCGUUGUCGACUUUGUCCAACUGGGUUUAUGAACUUGACAAGUGGGCCCCAUCCAUUGUGAAAAUUGCUUACAAGGGCAUGCCAUCCAUGCGGAGGUCACUGGUGCCUCAACUUCGUAGCGGGAAGUUCAACGUCCUCAUAACCACCUAUGAGUACAUCAUCAAGGACAAACACAUUCUCGCUAAAAUCCGCUGGAAGUACAUGAUUGUGGACGAGGGCCAUCGUAUGAAGAACCACCACUGCAAGCUUACACAGGUGUUGAACACGCAUUACGUCGCCCCACGCAGGCUUUUGCUGACAGGAACCCCUCUGCAGAACAAACUGCCUGAGCUUUGGGCUCUGCUCAACUUUCUACUGCCCACAAUCUUUAAAAGUUGCAGCACCUUUGAGCAGUGGUUCAAUGCUCCAUUCGCCAUGACCGGGGAAAGGGUGGAUCUGAAUGAAGAGGAGACCAUCCUGAUCAUCCGCCGUCUUCACAAAGUGCUGCGCCCUUUCUUGCUUCGUAGACUAAAGAAGGAAGUGGAGUCUCAGCUGCCUGAAAAGGUGGAGUAUGUGAUCAAAUGUGACAUGUCAGCCAUUCAAAAAGUUCUCUACAGGCACAUGCAAGGCAAAGGCAUCUUGCUCACAGAUGGCUCAGAGAAAGACAAGAAGGGUAAAGGAGGGGCAAAGACUCUGAUGAACACCAUCAUGCAGCUGAAGAAGAUCUGCAACCACCCUUAUAUGUUCCAGCACAUUGAGGAAUCUUUUGCUGAGCACUUAGGCUACCCAAAUGGCAUCAUCAAUGGUCCUGAUCUGUACCGUGCUUCAGGAAAAUUUGAGCUGCUGGACCGCAUCCUGCCUAAGCUGCAGGCCACCCAUCACAGAGUGUUGCUCUUCUGUCAGAUGACUUCCCUAAUGACCAUCAUGGAGGACUACUUCGCCUACCGCAACUUCCUCUACCUACGGCUAGAUGGAACAACCAAGUCUGAAGACCGUGCUGCACUGCUGAAAAAGUUUAAUGAUGAGGGCUCACAGUAUUUCAUCUUCCUGCUGAGCACCAGGGCAGGGGGUCUGGGCCUCAACCUGCAGGCUGCUGACACUGUUGUAAUCUUCGACAGUGACUGGAACCCCCACCAGGAUCUGCAGGCUCAGGACCGUGCUCACCGAAUCGGACAGCAGAAUGAGGUGCGUGUGCUGCGUCUCUGCACCGUCAACAGCGUAGAAGAGAAGAUCCUCGCUGCUGCCAAAUAUAAACUCAACGUUGAUCAGAAGGUCAUCCAGGCCGGCAUGUUCGACCAGAAAUCCUCUAGUCACGAACGCAGGGCUUUCCUACAGGCCAUCCUGGAACAUGAGGAGCAGAACGAGGAGGAAGAUGAAGUUCCAGAUGAUGAAACGCUAAAUCAAAUGAUUGCCCGCAAUGAGGAGGAAUUUGAGCUUUUCAUGCGCAUGGACCUGGAUCGGCGUCGCGAAGAUGCACGUAACCCUAAACGUAAGCCUCGUCUGAUGGAAGAGGACGAGCUACCAUCCUGGAUCAUCAAAGACGACGCUGAAGUGGAGCGGCUCACCUGUGAGGAAGAGAAAGAGAAGAUGUUCCCCCGUGGAUCACGCCACCGCAGGGAUGUGGAUUACAGCGACACGCUGACUGAAAAACAGUGGCUGAGAGCCAUUGAAGAUGGUAACCUGGAGGAGAUGGAAGAGGAGAUCCGUUUGAAGAAGCGCAAGCGCAGGAGAUACUUGGACAAAGGCAGCCGACGCGAGGAUGGGGACAAGGCUAAAAAGAGGAGGGGGCGACCUCCGGCUGAAAAGCUCUCCCCCAACCCUCCCAAACUCACCAAACAGAUGAGCGCCAUCGUUGAGACAGUCAUCAACUACAGAGACGGAUCAGGCCGUCAGCUCAGUGAGGUGUUUGUACAACUGCCUUCCAGGAAAGAGCUCCCAGAGUACUACGAACUGAUAAGGAAGCCAGUAGACUUCAAGAAGAUCAAGGAGAGAGUGCGCAACCAUAAGUACAGGAGCUUGGGCGAUUUGGAAAAGGACGUAAUGCUCCUCUGUCACAAUGCUCAAACCUACAAUCUAGAAGGCUCUCAGAUCUUUGAGGACUCCAUAGUGCUGCAGUCCGUGUUCAGGAGCGCCAGGCAGAAGAUUGCCAAAGAGGAGAGUGAGGACGACAGCAAUGAUGAGGAGGAUGAUGAGGAGUCAGAGACUGAGACUAAGUCAGUGAAAGUGAAGAUCAAGCUGAGCAAGCGGGAGGAGCGCAGCCAAGAACGGGGCAAGAAGCGGCCGAUCCGGGUCAAGGCCAAGCCUGUGGUCAGUGAUGAUGACAGUGAUGAGGAACAGGAGGAGAAUGAGCAGUCUGAGGGCAGCCCCACAGAAGAUGAGUGAUCAAGGACCUGUUUCUGCCUUUCUGUCCUUUUUUUCUUCUUGUUUUUGGGUUCUUUGCCAGCAUAUCUUCCCCUUCUACCCUGCAAAGUCAUUGAAGAGAAUUCAACACUUAUGUCUGGCUUGCUUUCGGGUCGAUUGACAGAUGCAGUGUUUUUGAACAUUUUGUCCAUUUCAUUCAUCUGUCGUGUGGCUUCACUACAGACAGUGUGCUGAUGAAACUGAGUCUAUGCCCUUGUAUGUGUUUUACCCAUCUAUAAAGGUUUUUGAUAGUUACUUGCACAGAAAAACAAGUUUUACAGAAAUCUCUGCUUUGAUUGCGUCAAGAAGAAUAGCAGCGCUCCUGCUCAUAAUUCAAAUAUAAAGUAUCUAAGAUUUUUAUCUAAAAGUUUAUAUCUAGUAAAAGACACACUUGUGUCAAAUAAGUAUCUUUGGAUUUCAUAUACUCUAACAUUUUCACCACUUGAGCUCUUGCCCUUAAACUGAAUAAACUCAUAUAAUGUAGACUUUCAGUAGUGCAUUCUGCAGAGAUGUUUAAAUGUGGAUAGAAUUUGCCUUUGAUUUGGUCCACUGAUAAACAUAAUUCAGUUUUAGUGGAUGGAGACAUGAUUCACUCAUAUGUGACACUUCACUCUUGCUUCUGAUUAUCUCACCUUUAAUGUCAACCUUCACAGCUCUGGAUAUUUUUGUAUUAUCUUUUUCAAAGAUAUGAGCUUUUGUUAAAGUUUUGGACAUUUAAAAAAAACUACAAACCUUGAUACUGAAGUAUUAAAAAAAAAAAGGAUAUUUUAUCUUGCCAAUGAGCUUACAUUUAUCAGUAUUAGUGUCUGCUUUCUCUAUCCCGAUGUUUGUCCUCUUGUUCCAACUGAACAUGUUUUUCAGAUAUCUCCUUUUAUGUUUUUUGCUUUAUGCAUGUCUCCUUUUCCGAAGUGUCAUAAUCAUUGCUUUCUUUGCACAGUGUCUUUGUGGUUGUAUCGCAUAGCCCAAAGCAAAUAAAUGUCACAGAUUUUGAA